AUGGCUGAUGAAACCGCUGCCGUCGUAGAGGCUUCUGCUCAAGAAGGUCCAAUGGACAAGAAACCUGCGGAGCUGAAGUACCGAGUGAAGUCGAAUGAUGGACUAGUCUUCGAAAUGAGCCCUGAUGCUCUGUAUCACUCGAACACUCUCGCCUACAUGACAAAAAUUCUCGAUUUGACUGUCGAGAAGGCUGCGAUGGAGGAUCCGAUCAACCUAUACGAAGUGAAUGCAUCGAUUCUGGUGAAAGUGAUCGAGUGGUGCACGAAACACCAGGAUAAAGCUCCUAAGAGGGAGUUUAAAGAUGACCCAUUGGAGAUUUCGCAGUGGGACGCUGAGUUUCUGGAGAGAAACCGAGAAAACGUGUUCGAACUGAUGAUGGCGGCCGACUACCUCGAUAUUGCCGAACUGAUUUCGUUGGCGACUCAAUUCAUCGCCAACGUGGGAAUCGGAAAGACGGCCGACGAGUUGAAGAACUAUCGUAUUCAUCAGUACAAAGACUACUUCAAGAGACCGACGCUUCAGAACAUGGAGAUUUUGGAUACGGAUUCUGAUGACGAGGAGGCUUCUCUGACCGAGUCCGAAGACGAAGACGUAGACGAAGACGAGGACGAGGACGAAGACGAAGGCGAGGACGAAGGCGAGGACGAAGAGACUCCUGAGGCCGAGUAA